GUAGUCCCCGCGCCCAAGUGUAGCCAUGCUGCCGGGGGAGAAAGUCUACAAGGUCAGCUGGAGUGGCCCGGAGUCCCAGUCGCCCAGGUGGGCCGGGGAUGAGGGGGCCGGGCUGCGGGGACUCUCUGGAGGGGCAGGGUCCCGAGCGGGCGGGAGCCCUUGGGCGGCGCGAGGAGCCCGGAGAACGGGGCGGGGGUCCGGGUUCGCCUCCCCAGGGGUGCUCGGCGAUGGUGGCUUCCUCCUUGCGCUGCCGACCAGCGAGCCCCGGUCCGGUCUCGGUGCUCAAGGACAGCCCUCACUCUCACGCACGCGCCUCCGCAGGGCCGCCGGCCCAGACCCAGACUCCACUUUCUCGCUCACCAGCCCUCUCCCAACCCACACUAACCCUGACGAUGAGGGGAAACAGAGUGUCGCUGGGAACUACUACGAGCUGUUCGCGGCCGCACUGGGCAACUUGGAAUGGUUGCGCUUCUGUCUGAGUCGGGGUCGUGACAAAAUUCCGGCAGAUGACAAGGGCUUCACUGCCAUCCACUUUGCAGCCCAGAGUGGCAAGCUCACGUGCCUGCAGGCCUUAGUAGAGGAGUACAAGUUUCCCGUGGACCUGCCCACCAAGAAUGGCCAGACACCGCUGCACCUGGUCAUCGACGGGGACAACAAGAGCAUGACCCUCCCCUGCAUUCACUAUCUACUUGAGCAAGGGGCGGCCCUCAACACGCAGACAUGCAGUGGCUGCACACCCCUCCACCUGGCAGCCUGCAAGGGCCUGCUGAGCUGUGUGAAGGUGCUGGUGCAGAAUGGUGCCAAUGUCCAUGCCCGGGACGCCCUGGGCUGCAAGCCCAUCGACUACUGCAAAAUAUGGAACCACCGCGACUGUGCCCGGUACUUGAAGGAUGCCAUGUGGAAACGGGACAAGAAGGACUUCGCUCGUGAGAUGGGGAAACUGAAGAGGCUCAAGGACCAGUUGGCCUUCAUGGAACAGGACUACCUGACUGAGUAUCAGAAAGAGCACCAAGUUCUGAGAGAAGCUGACUGCAAGAAGUGGCUCCAUCGCAAGCAGCUGCUCCGAGGCCAGUCCCAGACUUGCAACACCAAGCAAGCACCUUAUGCUCCCCAGCCGGCGAGCACGGUCUCCAGGACCCCCAAGCGCCAGGGGCCCCAGAAGAGCUUCUACCCCUCCCCGGAGGCACGCCUGUGGCAGACCUCAGUGCCCAAGCUGCAGCCUUCGGGGAUACCCACCCCCACCUACAUGCAGCCCAUGGUCAGGCGGCCCAAGUCGUGGAAUGUUAGCAACAACCCUGCCAGAUCGCCCACCACCCAGAUCGGCUACCCACAGGGCAUCCGCCUGGGUGUGCAUCCGGACCCCAGCCCGGAGCAUGACUUCCGCAGCUUCCUCGAGGUGAGGUCUGACCGGUACGGCGGUGUACAGCUGCGUACAGUGGCCGGCAGCCUCGUAGCACCUGUGCCCCAGCUGCCUUUCGAGGUGGUAGUCCAAGAGCUGCAUCCUUCAGUGCGGCCACACAGGUUGAAAGUGCCCCAGGGCUUCGGCCCUGUCAGCAUGAGCACUGUGCCCCAGAAGCGGCACUUUAGUGACGACAACUUUUGGACCGACACUCUGGCCAUGAACCUGCGUGAGACCUUUGAUGAAGCCUUCCUGGCCACUGUGCGAGCCCAUCAAGGGCUCCCCACUCUGCCCUCCCCCAAGAAUCUCCCAUAAACUUAUUUUG